CUUUUCACAUCUUUUAAUUAGACAUGGAUUUUAAUAUCUCCUGUGAGACUGAUGGAUACUUGACUAAAAUGACUUGCAGGUGGUCUGCAAACCCAACCACCUCUCUCCUGGGGAGUCUGCAGUUAAGAUAUUACAGGAGCCAAAUUUAUUGCUCUGACUUUCCAAGCCCAUCUCCAAACUCAGAGGUGAAAGAAUGCCAUUUGCAGAGGAAUCAUUCCUACGAGUGCACAUUCCAGCCCAUUUUCCUUUUAUCUGGAUAUACCCUGUGGAUAGAGUUUAAACAUUUCCUGGGAACGCUGGAAUCCUCCCCGACCUGUGUCAUUCCAGCAGAUGUGGUGAAGCCUCUCCCCCCUUCCAACGUGGGAGCAGAACUCACCAGGAAUGUGGGGCUGCUGAACGUCAGCUGGACCAAGCCUCUCUUUGCCAACAGGGAUCUGACGUUCCAGAUCCGCUGGAAUUCAGGGAACAGGGAGGAGAUUCCGUGGCAGCUCUGUGAAGUCCCAAACCCCGCAGGCAGCUGGGCUGUGAUAAAAGUGGAGCAGCUUUGUGUGGAAUACACGGUCCAGGUGCGGUGCAGGGAAUUGGAUGGAUCUGGAUUCUGGAGUGACUGGAGCAGAGCAGCCCAAACCCUGGUUCAGGACAUCAGAGCUCCCUUGCAAGGCCCGGAAUUUUGGAGGAUCAUUUCUGAGGAUCCAGCAAGGAAGCAGAGGAAUGUUACGCUCCUGUGGAAGCCCCUGAUGGAGAAUCACUCCUUGUGCAGCGUGAGCAGAUACAUCAUAAAGCACCAGACCCCAGGGAACACCUGGGAAGAAUUUGUGGAUCAUGGCACCAGCUGGACUUUUCCAUGGGUUGGGCCAACCCACACCAUCACCAUUUUAGCCAUGAAUUCAGUUGGAAUUUCUGCAGUUAAUUAAUUUUUAUUAAUUUUUCAGCAGUUUAUAGGAUGUUUUCCUGUUUUCCCAGUGGAUGCUGUGCAGUCCCUGAGUGCUUACCUGGUGAACAGCACCUGUGUGGUUGUGGUUUGGAGCCUCUCCCCCCACAUCCCUGGGAUAAAAUCCUUUGUGAUUGAGUGGAAGAACCUGAACAAAGGGGAGCAGCUGAAAUGGCUGCGAGUCCCUCCACAUCUCAGGAAGUAUUUUAUUUAUGAUCACUUUAUCCUGAUUGAGAAGUACCAGUUCAGCCUCUACCCUGUGUUUGCUGGAGGAGUUGGCAAAGCCAGAGCCACGGAUCAGUUUGCCAAAGGGGGAUUUGAAGCUGGGAAUAGUGGCAGCCUCCACGUGCUCCUGCCAAUUGUUUUUUCCACCUCGGUUUUGCUGCUGGGAGCGUUGCUGCUUUCACACCCAAGGAUGAAGAAGCUGCUCUGGGAGGACGUUCCCAACCCCAAGAACUGCUCAUGGGCACAGGGCAUUAAUUUCCAGCAGCCUGAAACUCUGGAGCAUCUCUUUGCCAAGCACCCCGAGCCAGUGUCGUGUGAGCCGCUUCUCCUGGAGGCACAGGUGGUGCUGGAAGACAUCAGCGUCACCAAAGCCUUGGAAAAAGAAGAGCCAGGGGAUUUUUUGGGAGUUGAUUCCACCUUCCCAACCCGCCAGGAGUCGGAAUGUGACUCUGCAUGCCACUUGCAGAGCAGCAGCUCCUCCAGGAGCUCCCAGGAUGGAGAAAGCACGGCUCAGUGCGACCUCAAAUACGCCACCCUCCUCAGCAAUUCCCGAUCCAGCGGGCUUUGCCGACGGAAAACAAAUCCAAGGAGCUGCUUGGAUAGGUGCUCCCUAGGGGAAGAUUCCAUAGUUUUAGGUGCCUUCUCCAGUGGUGCUUGGGAAGCUGGGAAUGGGGCAUUCCUGGUGUUCCCUGGCUCCCAGCCCAGCAGGGCUCUGCCCCCGAUUUCCUCAGAGGGAUUCUCGGAGCCCUCGGACGAAGCUUUCCCAGCCGGCGGCGAGCGGAGCCUGUGUUACCUCGGGAUAACAUCCCUGGAAAAAGGACAGAGGGAUGUUUUCCAGACAGAAAGCUCUGGGGGGAUGUGUCAGCUCCAAAGCACGCAUCUGCUCACGGAGCAGGGGCUUUUCCAGCACAUCCCAACAAAUGUCAAGGAAUUUCUCCAAAGCAGCCUCAGGCCUAAAGCCACCGUUCCCUACGUUCCACAGUUCCGGGUGGCCACAGCCAAAGGGCAGGAGGCCACGGAGAAAAAGUGACAUAAUCACCCCAAAAUUGGAUAUUCCUGAAGUUUUUCCAGGUGUUGAUGCAUUCCCCCGUUCCCCCUCUCUUGAUUUGUCCAGCCACUUCUGGUUUUAGGCUUCACCUGGAGCCCCCAAGGGUGAGAGAGCUGAUCCAUGGCCUGGAAUGUUUCUGUGGGGGAAAAGCUGGAAUGUGCCAUUUCCCUGGGAAUGAUUUGUGACAUCGAGUCAGCCUGGAUGUGGUUGGAAGGAAUGGAUCAAGCAGUGAAAGGCUCAGGGUACUGCAGGAAGAGAAUCCAAAUUCCUGUGUCUCCAUUAGCUGGAUAAAAUGAUGGAUUUAAAGUAUCCGCCUUUUAUUGUGGAACACGAGAUUCCAAACAGUGCAGUUUUACACUGACAUCUCUUCCCAAAGAUUCCAUGGGAGAAAAGACAGGAAUUUGAUCCAAGCACCCUGCAUUUUUGAUUUUGGGGGAUCCAACCUGUCUGUAUGGCCUUGGAAAAGUCACUUUGCCUCUACAGCCCUGCCAGGAAUCGGGUCUGGAUUUUCUGGGAGAAGCGGGAAAACAAACCCACACCCAUUUGCAAACCAAAGCUAUUUUUUUAAUUACUUUUUUUUAAAUUUCAGAGUUCAUAAAUAUUUUUCUACACCUGCCUUUUCAGAGAACUAUUUUGAGGAGUGAAGGAGGAUGAAUUUAUUGUGUAUUCCAAAGAAUAAAUGUCUGACAAACUUCAGAGAGACAAAACCAAAAGGGCAAAAGUGAUGUUAAAAACCAAAGCAAGGGUGGAUUUAAACCCAGCUUAGCACAAAGCCCCACUGCUGGUUUGUGUUGAGCUGCUGCCCUGGCUCUUUGAUGCUGGAUGUGACACAGAUCUGAUGCCCUGGUGUCCAAAAUUUUGUGUGGGGUGAGGAAUUCAAACCUGGUUUGUGUUAGGAGCCAAAACUCGUCCCUGUGAUUGGAGAUAAACCUGCGGGCUCCUGUAGCAUUCCAGGCUAAAACUGUGAUGGAUGCUGGGUUUGGGAUUCACUUCCUGCUGUUGGGAAGGGACAGGAGAGCCCAGUUCUCUGGAGAAUGGAAUGAUCCUUUCAUGGAAGUGUCCAGAAAAACGAUUUGGUUGUGUUUGAAGCUCAUCUUGCUCCAGAAAUACAAAGCUGAUGUUGAUUUUAGCCUGCCCAGUCCUUUCCCCAGGAAUUCCAUACAGAACUUAACCAUGGGCAUGACCAGCUGAGGGACCAGGGAAGGUUUUCCUGGGAAGAUGGGAAAAUUCAGGAAUUAGGAGAUGUGCAGGAGGUCUCUCCUCAAUGGACAUUGGCAGAUUCCCAGGUUUCACCUCCUUUGGGAGCCCAGCCUGUCCUCCCAUGACAUCCCAUGGUUUUCCUAAAGGCCAGAGCAGGUGGUGCUCCUCAGGAAAACCAGUGGAUCUCCUCUUCAAAAAUCCUGCAGGAAAUACAGCAAACCCCAGCUGCUUCAGCAAAAAGAGAAGAUUUGAGGUGUGUAGAACCAAGGGAUUGGAUCCCUUCCUGGGCUCCUCCUGCCCACACCUGCAAUCCCAGUGUUCCUGAGGCUGCUGCAAAUCCAGGUCCUGACCCACAGCACGGGCCAGGCCCCAGCUCCAUAAAUAAUUCCUGAAACUGGCAUUUCCAUCCUGAGGGAAGGGACAUUCGAUCCUGCUCCUCACCUCUCCGUGCUCCCACAGAAAGCCAAAAUCUGCAUAUCCUGAAUGCUCCAUCUGCUGCCUCUGGCUCCGGUUGCGGCUCCGGCCGCUCCCUCGGGCAGCAGCUGCCUCGGGGAGGGAAAAUUGGGAGCUGGGGAAAACUGGGAGCUGGGGCCAGUUAUUUUCCAUCAUUAUUUCCCCCCUCAGCUUCAGGUCAGGUUGUUUCCCUCAGCUGAGCCUUUCCCAGGCCGUGAGGGAUCGCUGUGUUUGCAGCCACGGGAACAAAAUCUCCGUGGUUUAUUCCUGGCUGAGCUGGGGAUGGGAAUGUGCAGUGCCGGGGGGUUUGGGAAGGUAAGGACAUUUUUGUCAGAGCCACAAGAAGCUCCAACUCAUUCCAGAACUGUUCCUGCAAGGUGUCACCCCAGGGAGGGGGCUUUGUUCCAGGAGCUGUCCUGGAGAAUGUCUGGAGCAGGGAAUCUGCGCUCGCUGCUUCUCCCAGGCUCCGCUUCCUUGGCAGGAGAGCUGGGAGAGCCCUGCCAAGGAGCAGGGAGGGAAAGUAGGGAACAGGGUCAUGCCAGGAUCUGUGCUGGGGGAAAAACGGGUUUCAGGUGAUGAUUUUCACCCCCAGCUCUGCUCUGAGGGCUCUCCUCCACUCCUGCCUCAGUGCCUGGCAGAUCCAAAGGGAUUCACUUGCCCCUGGGCUGGGGAGGGGAGGAAAAACCUAUGGAAUUGCAUUUGGGAGCAUCCCAAGAGCAGCCACAGGAGUGACCCAGAAGAGUUCCUGUUUCCUUCCCAGGGAAAAUGUUGCUGCUUCUCCAGAAAUGUUCCUGUGGCACAAACAAUGCCGAGCCAAUUCCCAGGGAAGACGGGAAUUUUGCAGAGAAAUGGGAUUUUUUUGGCCCUGGCCUCACACUCCCCAGGAAAGGCCUUUUCAGUUGGAGCCACACAAUUUUAGGAACCAUGUGCAGCUUCUCAAGUACUAAUUAAGAUCCUGCAGAUUCAUUUUGAAGAGAA